AUGUUAGAUUCUCCUGUACCGUUGUCUUCUAGGUACAGUUACCAUGCAAUCUUUAGCGAUAUUUGCAAAACGAGAUUUAACCAUUUAGCAACCCGAUUGUCAUUGACGCUAACUUUCUUCCAAGCCUUAGUUAUUGUAUUUUUUUCUAGUGGUCAGCAGUCCAAUUUGGAAUGGUUACUGGCACUGCCAUUGAGGUUUUUCCUCUUAUACCUGUGUUUUCUUUUGAUUGUUAUUACCAGGAAAAACUACCUACAUGUAGAUUUUAAAGGCUAUUCGAAUGUUGUUAAGCUGAUAUUGGGACAAACAUUCAGUAUUUCUACGCUAGUCUACCAAAUGAUCUACUCCCUGUGUUGUUUUCUUCUCUCUUUGGCGGUAAGUGAUUGUCUAGGAUUGACAUCAAUGAGUUCAUCUCAUGCUUUUACACAGAGCUAUAGAUUACACGUAUGGGUGCUCAUUCCCACGAUAUACACGUUACAACACUGCCUCUUCGAUUUGGAUAGACUGUCAUUCAAUUUUGAAAGUCACUUCCAACCACCUCAACAGUACAUUGCAUCUCGUGUCCGUAAGAUUUUGAUCAAAAGUGGUAUAUUAAGCAUAUUUCUGGCAAUUGUAGCACCACUAACACUUGCCUCUAGUAGUUCGUAUUGGUUUAUUGGCUUUAAGAAUAAUCUAAAAUUGCUUCUAUUAGCAUUUUGGGAGUUUGCCAAUUUGGAAUUCGUCAAUAUCGCCUUUAACGCACAUAUGUCGAUUGGUUGUCUGCAUAAGGGGAAACCUAUAUCAUCUUUAUCCUCUACACCAAUGGAAACCCUGGCCACUGGCUUGAGUUCUAAGAAGCAAUUCACUAAAUUGACCGCUUUUCAAGAGUUAUCAUACAGAGCUACGUCCUCUGAUUUAUCGCUAAGAUUACCGCUUUACCAUACACGCUACAGAAAUACUCACAUAUGGCCUGUAAUCCUAAGAGAAUCGCUAUUGGUAAUUCAGGAGACAAAUGAUACGGUUACCAAGUAUUUGAACACAUUAGAAAAUACUAUGUCGUUACAGGAUUCAUUGAAAAGGAGAAGUCCAAUCUCUUUCGCUGAUGAAAAUGAAAAAUUGUUUGGAAAUCAAGCUACAGUUACAUCCUCUGGAUCUUCUUCUGGUAUUGCAAGCUUCCCUGGGUCUCCGCCAACGGUAUCCUCUAAUGGCAUAUCUCAUAGAAUUACACUCAGAGAUGAUAACGUGCUUUUACUCAAAAAUUUGCGUAAACAGAGAUCAAGUGCAUCCAGCGGUGAUCUUUUGGGAGCUACACACUCAUUUAACGAGCCAAUUAUCACCCAUGAGACUACUUUACUCACUGUUUUGAUUAGAAUAGCUCAAAAGGUGAAAGAAAGUAUAAAUUCAUUCUUCUUCCCUUCUGCAGUGACAUCUCAGGAACAUCGUCCACAGCUCUCGAUAAUUGAAGCUUGGAGUAUUUCAAAGAAAAGACAGGCAGAGACAUUGGUACCAUUACCGGUGUGUCAUGCAGAGUGCAUAAUAUCCCUUAUGGGGUUAUUGAUCAACGCGAUUGAUGAAGAUCCCAAAGGUGGGGUCGUAUCGUCGGUUGGUGAAGUGCUCAAGACUUUAGAGAGAUCCGUUGGUGCAUUGGGUAAAUUUGCCGAUUGGAAUCCAGAUUCGAAGAAAAAAUCAGAAGAUGAAAAGGAAACUCCCGAUGGCAUUUCCAUUCUCUACGAUCUAUCCAUCAGUGCAUUUUUGGAGAUUGUUCUCAAAUACAACGUACUCCUCAACGAUGUCUACUUAGACGAUGAUGUCGUCAAGUUGAGUAAGUGGGUACUAGAUAUGUGUAGUAAGUAG